AGGACUCACCACGUGAAGGACACCUUUACUAAGCUCGACUUGCGACGGUGGAAAUUGAGUGUGAUGCGUCAAGGAUAGGGGACGCGGGGAGGGUAAUGCACUUAUGCGCUAAUGCAUGCGGUCGAGCUACUCUGAUAUCUUGAUGGAUUCUGUGUGAUUACAAAGUGUAUAUGAUGUCCGACAGUGACUCUGGUCUGGUCGGCCUCUACAAACCCGGGCAUAUAAAGGAGAGAAAUGAAAGGAGAAAUCCUACUCGUCCUCCAGCCAAGCCUAUCCAGCAUCCUUCCCUGAUCGUAUCUCUUCAAGCUCCCUUGGUGAAAACCGCAUUAUUACUUCUCCUCCUUCUUUAUACAUCUCCCUUCCCCUGGACCUUUUGUGUGGGGUUGACUGGGAAGAGAAAUACCGUAAAGAUGACGCAGAGGGAGUAUAUCGCUCAAACAGCACGAAAGCAUAGUGCUAGAGAAGAAUCCGUGACUCAAGCUCAGCAAGCAAUGCAACCAGACUGUUGGUGUCCCCGCAUAGACUGUGCAACUCUGGUGGGAAUAUUCCACAAUCCAAGAAACAAAGGGAAACAAUUUUUCAGAAAAGCAGAAUCACAGUCCCUCAGGAAAGUGCCCGCAGCGGAAAGUCGUUAAUGUCGUGCAUGAAGCCGCCUAUGUAGACCUG